AAAUGGCAUCAACCAUAAAUGAGGUGGCCCCAUCCACACUCAUUGGUUCAAUGAGACAAAGAGGUAAUCUUCACCUCCCUCUCCCUCAUUUUUCGGCCAAGUUACACCCAGAGAGAACAAAAAACUCUGCAAGAUCCAUUCCUCCAUAGCCAAGUGAGCUCAUGAAGACAAGGUCCAAGGAGGGAGAUUAAAGAAGGAAAAAGUUAGGAAAAAGUGAGAAGAAUUAAGGAGUUUAACUAAGGUGUUUCUAGAGUUCGCCGGAGUUCGCCAGAGUUUCGCUGGAGUUUCGCCGGAGUUCAACCGAGGAGCGUAGAACAGGCUAUACUCCUGCUUUACCUUCUAACUUAGAGCAGGCCCUUCCACUGAUUCAGGAGCAUGAGACGUUCAUACAACACCUCAAAACCAAGGAACUCCCUGCCAUCCUUCAUCUCUAACAGAAGGUCAUCACAAGGCAAGUUGAACAUUGAGAAGCAAUUGCAAAAACUAGGGAAGAUGUUGCUAAGCAUCUCACCAGAAUGCACAAAGCCACUCAAGAAGCAUUCCUAAAGCAAGGAGGUGAACUUCAAAAACAUGGCCAACACAUACAAGCAACAAACCAGAAUCUUCAGAACUUGGACCGAGUAGUCAAAGAAGAUGUCCAGGUAGAUGUCAUGGAUCUUCGCAACAUUGUCACUGCAGUAGCAAUUGAAGUCAAUUACCUACAUCCAACAAGGAGACGUCAUGUGGAAGUUGACUCAGAUCCAGAAAUUGAGGCUCUAUUCCAAGAAAGCCAGACCCCUGCUGAUGCCAAAAGGGGGGAAGAAUCAACACAAGCAAGCCCCUCCUCCAAGCGAUCCCUAGCACCCAAGAAAGCAGCUGAAACCAGAAGAAAGAACAAGUUGUACCAAGAGGAAAGGGAAAUAAGGAAAAGAAAAGAAGAGGAAGCUAAGGCAAGAAAAGA